AUUCAUUUUGUCUAGCACGCCAAUUUUGUAGGUAGAACGAAUCGAUCAGUGUGAUAACGAUGUACAUUUGAUUUAAGACGUGAAAUAAAUAAUUAUUGUAGUUUAUGUCAGAAACCUUUCUGAUACAUAUUGUUUUGAAAUAAGAAUCAUUUAAAAAGCACAUCACAACGUUUAAGACUGAUAAUGAAGUGCGAAGUUGUCAAAAAAUAAUAUUACAACUUACAACUUUCGUACGCAUGCGCGAUUAUUCAGGAACGUUUUUAUUGGGGUGUACAUACCUUGGUCAAAUCAUCUCAGAUACAUCUAAAUCUAAAUAUAUAUGUUCAAAAAGUUGUCUAAUUCGAAAAGAAUAUUGAUAAUAAAAAAGUUACGUAAAAUUUAUGUGAUAUAUACGGACGUCAAAUAUGAUAAAAAAGAUACAACAAAGAAGUAUCAGUUUUAGUUGUUACAAUCUUAUUAUUGUGUGAUGAGCUGGAAUUAAUGAUAAAAUAAUAAUAAUUUCGAACGUUAGACUAAUUGAGUUUUAUCCUUCAAUUACUCGGGAACGCAACAGGUCGCUAUUGAUCUCCUUUGAAAUGACAGUGCUAAAGAAUAUAAGCAAUAAAGUUGCUCUACUUAACAUAAGGUCGUACAGUUCUAAGGCAAAAUUAAAUGAUGUUGUUAUCAUUAGUGCAACAAGAACUCCCAUGGGAUCGUUUCUUGGAGGGUUAUCAAGUUUGCCUGCACCAAGGCUUGGAGCGAUAGCUAUACAAGCAGCAAUUGAACGUGCAGGAAUUUCCAAAGAACAAGUUACAGAAGUAUACAUGGGAAAUGUUUGUCAAGGUUACGUAGGUCAAGCACCAGCCAGACAAGCUACGUUAUUUGCAGGUCUUCCCAAGUCUACAAUAUGCACAACAGUUAACAAAGUUUGUGCCAGUGGCAUGAAGAGCAUUAUGCUUGCCUCUCAAUCGUUGCAAUGUGGACAUCAAGAGAUUACUCUUGGUGGUGGUAUGGAGUCAAUGUCCAAUGUACCAUUUUAUUUGGCAAGAGGAGAAACCAAGUAUGGUGGAAUGAAGCUUGAGGAUGGUAUUGUCUUUGAUGGCUUAACUGAUGUCUAUAAUAAAUUUCACAUGGGUAAUUGUGCAGAAAAUACUGCCAAAAAGUUAAAUAUCACUCGCGACAUGCAAGAUGCGUUUGCCAUUAAUAGUUACAAACGCAGUGCUGCAGCGUAUGCAAACAAAGCAUUUCAAAAUGAACUUGUUCCUGUUACUGUGUCCGGAAAGAGAGGAAAACCUGAUAUAGUUAUUAAUGAAGAUGAGGAAUAUAAAAAAGUCAAUUUUGAUAAAUUCACAAAAUUGAACACAGUCUUCCAGAAGGAAAACGGGACAGUAACUGCUGGAAAUGCAUCGACCCUAAACGAUGGGGCUGCUGCAUUAGUCUUAACAACCACAACUGUUGCUGAGAAAAUGAAUCUUAAACCUUUAGCGCGUAUUAUCGCAUUCCAAGAUGCUGCAACUGAUCCGAUCGAUUUCCCUAUUGCUCCAUCUUUUGGUAUUUUAAAAUUAUUGGAAACUACUGGAAUUAGUAAAAAUGACAUAGCACUCUGGGAAAUUAACGAAGCUUUUAGCGUAGUUGUAGUCGCGAAUCAAAAAUUGCUGGAUCUCGAUCCUAAUAAAGUAAACAUCCACGGCGGUGCUGUGUCACUUGGUCAUCCUAUUGGCAUGUCUGGUGCUCGCAUUGUUGUACAUUUAGUACAUGCAUUGAAAGCUGGAGAAAAAGGUGUUGCAUCGAUUUGUAACGGUGGUGGUGGAGCGUCGUCGAUUAUGGUCGAAAAAUUGUCUCACACAAUAUCUUCUCCGCCAAAGUUAACAUUAUACACGAAACACCCUUGCCCGCUUUGCGAUGUUUUGAAAAAUGAUUUACGAUUAUGUUUCUCUGGUCGUUAUGAGCUAGAAGAAAUCGAUAUUACUGCACCGGGAAAUGAACGAUAUUUAGGAUUAUACAAAUAUGAAAUUCCAGUUCUUUUUAUAGAGGGUCAAUAUCUUUGUAAACAUCGUUUAGAUUCGCAUUUAUUGGAAAUGAAAUUACGAGAAUUUGAAAGUUCUACGUAACUACAUAUAUCGUAUUUUGCUUUUACAUGCAGCUACCAUUAUCAUUAAUCAUCGAUCAUAAUCAUGCAUUGAUUGUAUAAAAUACUGAACUAUGAUUAUCAUACUUUAGUUUCAAUAUAUCGUGUAUAUUAUCGUUUUAUUAUAAAUAAAUGGAAAUCAAAAUUA